AUUAAAACAACACAAAAAAAGUUUCAAUAACUUAAAAAAUGAUAAAAACACAAAAUUUCCAAAAAAAUUGUGGAAGCCAUCUUAAUUUUGUCCGCGAUUUGACCGUAGCGAAACAGCCGUGUAGCUAGCUAGCUAGAUAUAAAAAUCAAAAUGGAGUUUCCAGAUUUAGGUAGUCAAUGUGCAUUCUUGGAUUGCAAGCAACUGGAUUUUUUGCCUGUCGAAUGCAAUAAAUGUAAGUUGUUGUUUUGUACAAACCAUUCCGUUGAUUACCAACAUAACUGUAGCCAACUUAACAAAGUAUCACACAUAGUUGAAUGGAACGAAGCCUCUGGUUCACCGAAAUCUUAUAAGUGUUUUCUUUCGAAUUGUAGAGGAAGAGAAUUGACUCCAGUUGUUUGUGAAAAAUGUGUCAAACAAUUUUGUUUAAAACACCGCCUUCCGCAUGAUCAUUCUUGUCCAAGUGUGCAAAAAGUUUUAACUAACAGCCUGACUCCAAAGGAGAAGGUUGCUAAGAUUAUUGGUAAAGAACUCAGUAAAGAAAAACCCAGUGGAAGGACUGGUAGAAGAUCAACUAAUACAUCUUCCAAAGUUGUUGAAAUGAAGCUGAAAAUGAAAGCAAAAGGCGAGAGCAAAGUACCAGUCAUCGAAAGAACUUAUGUAAACGUUCAUGUCGCUGACGAGACAAUCCCAAUGUUUUUUAGUCAUGAACACACCAUAGGUAAAAUUAUUGAUUUACUUGCAAAAGAAUGCAGUUUAAAAAAUGAAAACCAUGUGACGAAAUCGCCAAAAAUUCGGAUAUUUGAUGGUAAUAACGUCAUCAUUCCAACAGAUUUAAAGCUUUCUGAAGUGCUUAGUAGUAGUGCAUAUGAUGUGAUCAAGUUUGGAGAUAUUUUUGUCAAGUAUAUUUAGACAAAUAAACUGUUAUAUUUAUUUUAAAACUGGUCACUCGCAAAGUGAAAAUUAACUUGUUCUAAUUAUAAUAUAUGGUCAUUUUCGUAA